AUGAUCGCAGUUGCCAAAACUGCACUGAGGAAAUGCAGGAUGAUCGACAUCUGGCACAACAACGUUGAGCGUGUCGCAUGGCCUCCAUCAGAACUUUGGUCAGCUGGAAAACACGCCUCCAGUAUCUACAAUAUUGUUCCUUGUGAUUGUGUGAACAUCUACAGGAAAGGUGCAGCACCAACGUACGAUCCGAAGAUUCAGUUACCGCUCAGCCUUCUUCCACUGCCCGGAUCCAGACGCACACCGACGCUCAUCCUGCAGCCAACGCUCUCAACCUCCAACGCAUGGGGCCUGAAGAACGGACGUUCGCUUGCCCACGGUGCAGGACGCGCCAUGUCUCGGGCAAAGGCACUAUCGGCAUUGGCACAGAAGUACAAAGGCCAAAACAUCCUGGAGCCAUGGUUGACAGACUUGCAAGGCACGUGGGUCAUCUGUGACGAAAAAGACCUUGUUUUUGAAGAAGCUCCAGACGCAUACAAAGACGUUCAGGCUGUCAGUCAAGAUCUAGUCGAUGCCGAUGCAGCGCAAGUUGUCGGCUGGUGUCGAUCUAGGAUCAGCUACAAGGUCAGAAAUGAGACAUGUUGA